UUACGACUCACGAACACUUCUGCUCAAAACCAUCUUCCCUGCAAACUUUACUAAAAGCCUUCAUUAAAAUUGCUUUCUUAUAAAAGCCUUUGUUGGAUUAUAAUUAUGAAUUCCCUCGUAGUUCUGGUUCCGACUAUUAGUCGAAGGGCUCGUUUAAUCCUGGGGGAAGAUUUCCGUUCACCGGAAAUACUUUCAGAGGACAGCGUUUAUGCGACUCGAGCCACGGUGUUUCUUGUUGUUAUGUUUUGCAGGUCUUUCUCCGUGUUGGCGACACAAGUGUUUUGGACCUGCGGUAAUAAGAUUAGAACAAAGUGCUGCCAUGGAAGAACUAAAGAAGAUGAUACCCAGGAACCGCCAUGCCGCCGCAAACUGCCAGAGAGGAAGGAUGAAGCUCUUAGCCUGAGUAAUCUCGUGUUUCAGUCGGCCAAACUGGGACAGCCAGGAGCAAGUGAAGAAGUCAAAUUCCCAACAAUCUCUGAAAGUAUUUCCGGAUGAAGCACGCUCCUACGGUUCCAGUUUAAUGGGUUGCUGAGAAAUCCGGUAUCUCCUUUAAUUAUUGUAGUUACCUUAUUCGCAUACUACUGUGUUGGGAGUUUACCCGACUUUGCCGGAAUAUAUGUUCUGCAUAUUACAAGUUUUAAAUUGUUAGUUGUCACCCUAUUCACAAUAAGCCUUGGUUUAAUCCCACUUAUUAUAAUUUAUGUCAUUGUAUGUGAUAGAAAGACAACUAUGAGAAACAAUAAUCCACUUAAAUCAAAAAUAAAAUUGAUUAAAAGUGAUGAAAAUUUUAUUGCGGUUGUUUCUCAAAGUUGUAAAAUAAAUGAUGUGAAUGAAUGGUUGGUAGACUUCGGGGCUACCAAGCACAUUUGUAAAAACAAAAGUGCUUUUACCUCCUAUAGUACUACUAUGGGAGAUGAUGAAGAGCUCGUGUACCUAGCGGACUCAAAAACCGCAAAGGUGCAUGGUAAAGGGAAAGUUCUUCUUAAACUCACAUCGGGGAAAACUUUAUCACUAAAUGACGUACUUUAUGUACCUGAGUUUCGGACUAAUUUAGUUUUUGUUUCUCUCUUGGUAAAAGCUGGGAUUAAAGUAUCUUUUGAUUGUAACAAAAUUGUUAUGACCAAAAAUGAUGUUUUUGUGGGCAAAGGCUAUUGUAAGAAUGGACGUUAUGUGCUUAGUAUUCCGAAAUUAAUGCGUGAAAAUGCUUCUUAUUUGAUUGAUUCAUAUGAUGUGUGGCAUGCAAGAUUAGGACAUGUGAGUGAUUCUUAUAUCAAUUUGUUGCGUGAUCGUGGUUUGAUUUCUAGUGGAAAGAAAUUGACACUAGAAAAAUGUGAUAUUUGUGUUGAAUCAAAACAAACCAAAAAAUCAUGUCCUACCACACAUAGGGAAUCAGAAUUGCUUGAGUUAAUUCACACGGAUUUAGGUGAUUUAAAAAAUACCAUGACUAGAGGUGGUAAUAAAUUUUAUGUCACCUUUAUUGAUGAUUUUUCGAGAUACACUAAAGUUUAUUUGCUUAAAAGUAAAGAUGAGGCUUUUGACAAAUUUUUAGUGUAUAAAUCCGAGGUGGAAAAUCAAUUGAAUAAGAAGAUUAAGAGAGUGAGAUCGGAUAGAGGGGGCGAAUAUAUUUUAAUAAAUGAUUUUUGUGAGAGGGAAGGGAUUAUCCAUGAGAUAACUCCCCCGUAUUCGCCUGAAUCCAAUGGAAUAGCUGAAAGAAAAAAUAGGACAUUAAAGGAGAUGAUGAAUGCUCUUUUAAUUAGUUCUGGUGCGCCUGAUAAUCUGUGGGGGGAGGCUAUUCUUUCUGCUUGUCACUUACAAAACAGAAUUCCUUAUAAGCAUAAUAAGAGAACACCCUAUGAAUUGUGGAAAGGUCAUGCGCCUAAUUUGAAAUAUUUGAAAGUGUGGGGGUGUUUGGCUAAAGUCUUAUUGCCUGAUCCUAAGAAGAGGAAAAUUGGUUCUAAGACAUCUGAUUGCAUAUUUAUUGGUUAUGCUGAAUGUAGUGCUGCUUAUAGAUUUCUUGUUUUGAAAAGUGAUGUGCUUAAUUGGAAUACUAUUAUUGAAAC